AUGAAAAGAUUUGUGUGUCCAGUUGGUACUGAUGAUUGGUAUGCGUUCUUGAUUUCCCGCACUAGUGACCAAAUUCAAUGGAAAUACCCACUACUCUCAUGCCCUAUUGCCUACAUAAGAUGUAGAGGGUUUUACUACAUCGAGCUCAUUAUAUUGGAAGGACUCCAGCCAUAUGCCCCGAUACGCGUGCUUCAACAGUUCGGUCAAGUACAAAUGAUUCCUCUACAAGCGAAUAUGAAAUAUUCUGAAAUUUCCUUUGAAUCAGACUUUAAAGUCCCUAGAGUUGAUAAGAUUCUUCAUGAAUGGGAUAAUAUCAUCACACUGAAGGUAGGAGAUGGACCAGCAAGAAGAACUCCAGAAUAUCAGGCAUGGCUUCGAGAAGAUCGCAAUAGCAUAAGCCCGGAAGGUUUCUUUUUUCUUUCUAAUUUAUUUCCCCAAAGGUUGAUUCGUGUUGACUGCGAACUGGCGGAUCAUCCAUACUUCACUAGAUCAAAAGGCCGAUCACCCGCCGAUAGGACUGGUUCAAGUGCAUUCGAUCAAGAUGGUUUAGGAUUUAUCACUAUCCCAAGAGAUGAACCUGAGGCUUCAGAGGGAAGGGAUCCUAUUCCUUAUAAUGAACAUAUUGCUAACCUGAUGCAACAAAUGGCCAAUAUGCAAGGAGAGAUCGAUCAACUUCAAAACCUUACCAAUUUAUCCAUUAGCCUAAAUACACCACUUCCCGAACAUGGGGCAGAUGCAACUAUUCCACCUGUUGACUCUCCCUCGCCCCAAGACUUCCCUCCAAAUCCUUCCCCUUUCAAAACCAAUAUGACUGCUCCUAAACAACCCGUCAACCAACCACAACCUUUUGUUACUCCAAUGCCAACCGUGCCAGAAGUUGAUCCAUAUGAGGAGAUAGAGAGAAAGGCCAGAUCAAAAACAGAUGAAAAUAUAGCUAGGGAGAUUCAUAAUUUGAAAGAAGCAUUCAAAAGUAUCCAACUUCACAAGGAGUGCGAAGGGUUUGAGUAUGAGGAUUUAAGUGUUCAUCCUGAUGUCGAGUUGCCUACAGGAUAUAAAGUACCAAAAUUUGAUGUGUUUAAUGGGAAGGGAAAUCCACGAGCUCAUUUAAGAUCGUAUUGUGACAAGCUAGUUGGAGUGGGGAAAGAUGAGGCCAUUAGAAUGAAAUUAUUCAUAAGGAGUUUGACAGGAGAAGCACUGGAUUGGUUCAAGUUCAAUACUGAGGCUAUACCAGAUAGAUUCUAUUUGAUGAAAUUAGAAAAAAAGUCGACAGAGUCUGUUAGAGAAUAUGCCAUGAGAUGGAGAGCAGAUGCUGCAAAAGUUCAACCUCCGAUGACAGAAAGUGAGAUGACCUCUCUUUUUAUACAAUCUCAAAAAGAUGCAACGUAUUAUGAAAAGAUGAUAAGCGUGGUAGGACAAAAGUUCUUUAAAGUUGUAAGGAUGGGAGAAUUCAUUGAAGAAGGUAUUAAAACUGGGAGAAUCACUAAUUUGGCAGCCUUGCAAGCAACAAGUAAAGCAAUUCAGUCAGAUUCAAUUGGAGGAGCCUUUAAGAAGAAGAAGGACAGAGUGUCCGCUUUCAUGACCAUCCAGGAACGUAGGCCAAACCAAAUGUUAACAUACCAAAACCCUUUACCCCAACCUUUAUACCAUAGUCAGUAUACCCAAUUCCCUCAGCCAUAUUACCAGCCUUCUGUCGCCCCUUAUCCAGUUUACACCACUCAGCCAAUAUAUUAUCCAUCUAGAGCGCCUACUUAUCCAAAUCCCUCACAAUACCAACCUAUAUACCCACAUCAAUCCCAUUAUCAAACACAAAAUCGCCCAUCAAAUCCACCUAGGCCCCGCCCAAACUUUGAAAGAAGACCACCCAAAACCUAUACACCUUUAGCCGAACCUUUAUCCCAACUAUAUGAAAGGUUGAGAACUGCAGGGAUACUCCAACCAAUCCAGGCACAAAUUCCCAACCCCCUUCCCAGAUGGUAUGAUGACACUAAGCAUUGCGUCUAUCACUCUGGAGCUGCUGGACAUGACACCGAAAACUGUCUUACUCUCAAGGAUAAGAUUGAGGCAUUAAUCAAAGAAAGAGUUAUUCAACUCAGAGGUGUUGCCCCCAAUGUAAAUAACAAUCCUCUGCCAGAUCAUGGGAAUGUGAACAUUAUCACCAUUGAUGAAGAAUGUAGUUUGGAAGGGACCAUUUUGCCAAUCAAAAAAGAGAAGAAUGUCAUGGCAUCAGCCUUUAUUGCUCCCAUUAUCACAAUCCAGGCGCGAGCGCCAUUUGAAGUGGAAGUUUUGGUUCCUAAACCUACGAUUAUGGUUUUGGUUGCUCAAUCAACUCAUUUUGACACUAAAGCAGUUCCCUGGAGUUACUCAACUGACACAAAGGACAAAGGGAAAGGAAAGGUAGUUGUAGAAGCUGCUGCUGCCGGAAUGACAAGAUCGGGGCGAUGUUAUGCCCCUGAAGGUGUUGCACAAGUCGGACCAAAUAAGGAAGGUAACCAAAAGAGGGUUGUGAUAGAAGCUGAAAUAGAGGAUUUCUGGAGGAAAAUGCCAACAAAAGAAUAUUCUGUUGUUGAACAGUUAAAGAAGACUCCCGCCCAAAUUUCCUUGAUGUCAUUAUUGAUAAGUUCUGAAACUCACAGGAGCGCUUUGGUAAAAGUUCUAAGUGAAGCUUAUGUUCCAGCUGAGAUCACAAGUGAGAAUCUUUCAGCCAUGGUAGGACAGGUUUUGGAAGCAAACAAAGUCUGUUUUCACGAAGAGGAAUUACCAUCUGAAGGUUUGGGACAUAACAAAGCAUUGAACAUUACUGUCAGGUGCAGGGAUAAGUUUAUUUCUAUAGUUCUGAUUGAUAAUAGUUCAGCUGUCAAUAUCUGUCCUUUUAUUACCCUUCGAGCUUUGGGAAUUGAUAUCGGGAAAAUUCGUGAAAGUCAUGUGAAGGUUAGAGGUUUUGAUGGGACACAAAGGGGAGUCGUUGGCAAAAUUGAUUUGCCACUGCAAAUUGGAACCGAGGAGUUCGUGGUAGAAUUCCAAGUAUUGGACAUACCUGCUAGUUACAAUUUAUUGCUUGGGAGGCCUUGGAUCCAUAUGGCUGGUGCGGUCCCUUCUACCCUGCACCAAAAUUUAUAA